AUGAAGAAACAUGAUUAUCUACACUACACCCACAUAUUCCAGUGUUUCUCUCGACUCGUCUCAACCUUCAAAACUCAAACUUCUACCCUCAUCAGGAUGUGCAACUACACUAUAUGGUCUGUUUGCCGCAAUCGAUCCUUCCUAACAGUUGAAAUAGACUCCACGCUAGCUUCUACCCUCAUCAGGAUGUGCAACUACACUAUUUGGUCUGUUUGCCGCAAUCGAUCCUUCCUAACAGUUGAAAUAGACUCCACGCUAGCACGCUGCCUUGUAUUUUCUCGCCUUGACCCCAGUAACUCUCUGUUAUUUGGAACUCCAGCCUACCAAUUCCUCUCUUCAGCCAAUUCAAAACCGACUAGGCAAACUCGUUCUAGAAUGGCCUCGUUCAUCUUCAUCAUUUCUUGGCCACCAUUACUGACCGCCGAUUCAUCAACGUAUCAAAUAUAA